AUGGCAGAAACCCUGGACUUGAAUAGCCUCAGCGAGGUCUUGAAUCUCCCCUUCCCGGCCCAGACCAAACAAGUUGCGGGGAAGAUCAACGGUGUCUUGACGGAUGUGCUGUCUAUAGGAUUCAGUGAUAAGAUUCUAGUCACCGUUUCUCAAGAAGGCAGACUAGCUCAUUGGCUCAAUGUUCCCCUUGAGAACAACAAUCCAGGAACUGAUGGUUUCCACACUUUUUCAGAAGGAGACGCAGAUAACAGUUUACUUCCUCUUUCGUCUCUAACUGCCACUACUCUGCUUGGUGGUCAUGCCUCUGGACAAGAAACCACAAAUCAACUUCUUGCGCGUCAAAUUGGCAGUGCUAUUGCGACCAAAACUCCAAAUGAGAGAAGGGUCUUGCUCGUUGGCCUUGGGCUGAAUGCAACUCAGAUUGACAGGGAUGCAUUUUUUGCGAUUGUGGAUCUUGUUCUUCAGUGUAUUUGA